AUGCUUGACGACGAGCAUGCAGAUCUUCCGAGAGACGAAUAUGACCCGAAUACGUAUGUACUGGGAUCCUUGAGUGGGCACAAUGUGGUGCUCGCAUCACUCCCGAAGGGAGCACAAGGGACGGCUUCCACAGCAGCUGUCGCCAUCCACCUUGCCCGCACUUUCCCAGCGAUCGAGCUUCGUUUACUGGUGGGCGUUGGCGGAGGUAUUCCCAGCAAAAACAACGAUAUACGUCUUGGGGAUGUAGCUGUGAGUGCUCCAGAUGGCAUUCUGGGAGGAGUUGUUGAAUAUGAUCUGGGGAAGGAAACCACCAGUGGGUUCAAAAGGAAGGGAAUAUCUUGUCCUCCUCCUACUGAGUGGAGAGGGGUGAUGACCAUGAUGCAGUCAGAUCACCGCGUCCGGUCGAAUCGUAUCGCAGAGUUCCUGUCGGAUGUACUGCGCAAUCACCCCGAAUUGAGAGAAUACCAUCGGCCAUCGUCGGAAACAGAUACCCUGUUUACAGCGGACUAUAUCCACGCUCAAGCUGGAAGCAGCUGUGCUUCUUGUGACAAAGCCAGAGCCGUGCAACGGCGUCCCCGGGUGCCAUCUGACGAGUCGCGAGUCUUUUAUGGUAUUAUAGCAUCGGGUAACCGCAUGAUAAGCGAUGGCCGAAAGCGGGACGUGAUGGCCACGGAAUAUGGUGGUGGUGGUGCAAUAUGCUGCGAGACGGGGGCUGCCGGGUUAAUGGACCAGUUUCCAUGCAUUGUCUUUCGUGGCAUUUCUCAUUACUGUGACUCUCACCAAGACGAUGGCUGGCAUGCAUAUGCCGCAGGCGCGGCUGCAGCGCUAGCAAAGGAAGCUCUGGCGUACAUGGAGCCUCUAGAUACUCCACCGCGCGAAGAACAUACAUCAGAGUGGAAAGCCAACGUUCUCAAGCAGCUGUAUACCUGCAACUACCGAGACGCUAAGGAUAGGAACCCACAACGAGUUGAGGGGACUUGUCAAUGGUUCAUCCAACACCACCUCUUCGAAAAUUGGAGAGAAGAUCAUGGGUCGAGCCUUCUCUGGGUUUCAGCCGAUCCUGGCUGUGGAAAAUCUGUCCUGGCCAGAUAUCUUUUAGAUGAAGUUCUGCUUAGUUCAGAGACAAGUGUGGUCUGCUACUUCUUCUUCAAGGAGGAUUUCGAGGAUCGGAAAUCCCUUGUGGAUGCUUUAUGCUGCAUUCUCCAUCAGAUCUUCGAGCAAAAACCGCGCCUGCUUUCCGACCGUCUCCGAUCCAGGUUCGAAAGUGAGACUGGUCACAUAUAUCAAUCGGUCUGGAGCUUGUGGUCUAUUCUUUGCGAUCUGGCGGGGGAGCUUCCAGCUGGGCAAGUGAUUUGUGUUCUGGAUGCCGUGGAUGAAUGUGGGUGCGACGGACAAUCACAACUGGCUGAGUGUUUGACCAACCUCUACCAAAACACAACGGCGUCUUCAAAAUUAAUAUUUCUCGUCACCAGUCGACCAUAUAGCGCUAUUCAGAGAGGGUUUCAGUCUCUAGAGAAUAACUUCCCAGCCAUUCACCUACGUGGAGAAGAUAACGAUGAGGUACAGAAAAUAGCGGGAGAGAUCAAUAUGGUCAUAGAGCAUCGAGUAGAGGAGCUUGCAGGCAGGCUACAGCUUCUGGCAGACGAGCGCAAUCUUCUUCUCUCUGAGCUGACCUCCGUUCAAAAUCGAACAUAUCUGUGGAUCGAUCACAUCAUGAGUACCUUAGACGAUAUAUUGACGGUCACUCCUACUAGUAUACAUGCAGCGAUUAGAAGACUACCGCGAACCCUGGACGAAGCUUACAACCAGAUACUACGCCGCACUCCAGACCCCGAUCGGGCGAUGAAAAUCUUACAUAUUGUCGUUGCCGCAAAUACACCUCUGACGGUGGCGGAUAUGGCUACUGCAGUGGCUGUAUUAGACCGGAAAUCACCCGAAGACCAGCUUGAGAUCGAACCAGAGCAUCGAAAAAAGCGGUCAAUCCGGGAAAUAUGUGGUCUUUUCAUCACUAUCAUCGACUCAAGAAUAAACCUCCUACACGAAACCGCAAGAGAUUUUCUGGUGUAUAGGGAAGGUAAAAGUGAGCCAAUUCCAGACCUUACGUGGAAAGCUUCGUUGAAUCCGCAUGAUUCAGAAUGGACAUUGGCGAAGGCUUGUGUGGGCUUUCUACAUUCUAUGGAUCCAAAGAUGGCCUCAAAAGACCAAAGGGACCUUGUAGUGGAGUUCAAUCGGACUCCCUUCCUCGAAUAUGCCGUCAAAAAUUGGAGCAAGCAUGUCUUAUCCUCUGGUAUCGAAGAGGACCAAUCGACACAUUCACAAAUAAUGGACAUCAUUCGCCGCGGUGAAGCCUUCUGUCUUUGGUUCAAUAACGAUACAGCGGCUAUACAUCAGCUCACUCCCUCAACCACUCUGAUGCGAGCAUCAUGGCUGGGAUUACGUCGCACAGUUCAAACGCUACUACAAGACAAAGAUAUCGAUUUGAAUUAUAGGAGCACCUAUGGUCGUUCGGCCUUAUCACUCGCAGCAGAGUAUGGGACAUUUGACGUGCUAGAACUCCUGCUCAGACAGUCUUGGUCUUUCCCCUUCUUAUUCCGAACAACGCGGUGGAUUGAUGUGAAUGAAGUGGACAAUAGCGGGCUAUCGCCACUCGCACAUGCAGCAUAUCAUGGUAACGAGAGUAUUGUCAGCCUCCUGCUCAGCAAGCGAGGGAUUCGCCCCGACAUGCGGACCUUUAGUGGAAGAAAAACGCCCUUCGGGUAUGCAGCGGGACGUGGCCAUCUCAAUAUCACCAAGAUGCUUCUUGCUACCGGCAAGGUUGAUCCAGAUGCCGUGGAUUAUGCUGGGCUUACACCCAUUGUCUAUGCAGCAGAUGCUCAGCACGACGAUGUUGUCACUUUCUUACUGAACACCGGGAGAGUUGAUCCCAAUCGAAAAGGUAUUAGAGGUAUGACUGUACUCUCACGAGCAGCACACCGUGGCCACGGAAUCAAAGACCUCAACUCUAGGGACAAGGGGCAUGAGAAUAUUGUCAAGUCACUCCUGAGUACCGGGAUACCUGACCCGAACUGUCGGGAUGCCGGUGGUAAGACGCCGCUCGCGCAGGCCUCAUAUUAUGGCCAUGAUGAGAUUGUCGGGCUACUACUUGAGAACGAUGAGGUCAAUCCUGAUAUACAGGACGACCAUGGCAGGACACCACUGGCUCUUGCCUGCCAGGGAGGCCAUGAAAGCAUCGUUGCACUACUGCUCAAGACCGGCAGAGUGAACCCAAAUUCAGAGGACCACUAUGGCACAAAACUGCUUACACCUGCCACGGAGUGUGGAAACGAGGGCAUCAUUAAACUCAUUUCGGAUGCCAUAAACAGUCGGGACAGUGAAAACGCAGCGCCUGAAUUCCAGCCAGCGAUUGACGCGUCCAUGAUAUGGCCAAGAAAUAUUCUAUAUCUGAGAUGGCCGCAGAACCAAACAGUCAUUCCAUACAAGGGUAGCUGGCUGUCCCGGUGA